AUGCGAGCCACACUAUACCGAUGAUUGGAUUUGUAUCGCUGCGGUCGGCGGCCCAAGCACGUAACGCGCGGUGAUCAUGUGGUGCGCUGCUGCUGCUUUGAUGCUGUUCUUUAUCGCCGUCAAUUGCCAAGAGCCAGCUGUGAAUCAAAAGCUGUCAGAAGCGUCAGCCGCCGUGAGGCAAGCCAAAGACGGAAUCCUUGAGUGGCAAGCAUCAGUUUUUGCGGUGCAAAACUACCUCGGUUUCGAGUUUGACUUUGCAGUCACGAAUGUGGUGCACACCCUGGAGCAAAUUCCGAUUCCGGCGAACGUCACGACCGCCUUAAGACCGACCGUCGAGAAGAACCGAGUCGUUUUAGCCGACAGGGUGGUGCGUUUGGAGAAACUGCUGGACGAAGAGAGGGUUAAAUUGGAUGAGCUGGACCUCGCAUUAUUUUAUCCGAAACCUGCUGUCAUUUCUACGGCAUUAGCUGCGCUGAAAGAAGUCGCAAGGCCCGUGCCCGAAUUUUACAAUGCGUAUAAGCAGGCUGAGGCAGACGUGCUGCUCCACUUUUUGAUUGAAGUGAAAAAGGCGUUGCUGCAGCACGUGGGUCCUUUGGCUGACGAGGCGAAAUUGGCGGUGCAGGACAUAGAAAAGCAAGCAGUUGCGAGAAACGUCGUCAUGGAAGCGGCCAAAGUUAGCCACGACGAGCGAACGGACAGUUUGCAGAAAAUUGUGAGUGAAGCCCUGCUGCUGCUGCCGCCUGAGACUGUUUCUGCGUAGCUUUAGAUCUUCAGUAAAUAAUAAAAACCCAUA